CUGUUAUCUGUAGCUUUGUCAACAGAAUGCCUUGAAAUAAAGAACUGUUUGCUGUGGACAUUCAUCGCGCCAGAUGUGGGGAUUAAUACAAUAGACAAAAUGGGCGAUUUGGAGUCUGGUUAUGAAGAGAUGGAGGGUGUUAAACUCGGGUACCUGGUUAUCAAGGGCAAGCAAAUGUUUGCCCUUUCUCAAGUCUUCACCGACCUCUUGAAAAAUAUUCCAAGGACUACUGUGCAUAAACGAAUGGACCACCUCAACGUGAAGAAGCAUCACUGUGAUCUGGAGGAAUUGCGAAAACUCAAAGCAAUAAACUCUAUAGCUUUCCAUGCGGCUAAAUGUACUCUGAUUUCAAGGGAAGACGUGGAAGCUUUGUAUAUUUCUUGCAAAACGGAGCGAGUGCUUAAAUCCAAAAAAAGAAAAACGAACACGAGUUCACCAGAGGAUACCUGUGACGACCAGAUCAACCCAGAACCCCACGACGAUUUCUGGAAAGAAAAAGUUUGGCUAAGUUUGCACGGGGUUCCUCAGACUUUCUCAUUUAAAAACAGACAUGGAAGACAAGGGGCUGCCUCACCCCCGGCUUCCAAUCUACCUCAAAUUUACAGUAAAUUCGCGUGCCGCGGCUACCAAGCAGUGACAAAGUCGGAAUGCAAAUCCCACAAAAACUAUGAAACUUCUCAGAUUCCCAGCAAUUGUGUAGCAUUUAAUUCAAAUCAUUCGUUUAUUCGGAAUGUUGUAUGCACCCGACAACCCCUACUCUGUCAUUCCGCCAUUGCGGCACAGUCAAGGCGCUCAAGCACUACCGACCUAAUUUAUAAAGGGAAAGGAGAGCACGAGGACACUGGCAUACAAUUUUGGAGCACAGGCAGACGCAGUCGUCAGGUUUUAUUUGUCCCGAAAUGCUGCAAGGCAAAAGUACCCAACGGUUCUUUAAACAAAUUUUACCUCGAGCACGGGUUAUACCUCGACCACCAACAUAUCGGGAAUUUCCAGGAGAGCUGCAGUAGUGACACCGAGUCAAGUUCUUACUCCGAACGAGUCGAUGACUCGGAUUUUGGGUCAAGUUUGUCAACUACCAGUAACUCCGCAACCUCCGACGAGGAGGAAGAUGAUUCUGUGUCAGAAUCAUCAGACGUCAGUUCAGAUGAGGAGAGUUCUUCCCAAUCUGACUCAAGUUCUGUUGCGAGCCAAGUUUCGUUGCAGAGCAUUCGAAUGAGGCGUACCAGUUUUUCAGCUCUCAGCAAUAAAGCGCCUCCACUACCGCAAGCGUCUUUUCACUGUAGUCUCCAACACAGCACAACAAAUCAGAGCGGAACAACUGAGUUGGAUUACGGCAUUUUCACCAGGAAGCUCCCGAAAGCUGACUUUAACCGCACAACCUCUGUGAACAAACACGAGGAUAGUACUGUAUCAAAGCAGCGAAAGGCAUUCCCGCUUGUUCUUGGAAGUUGUUUUACAGAAACCAGGAGGGAAAGGUUUUCUAGGACAUUGUCACACAUUGAAAAUGAAAUUCCAAAUGAUCCAAAGAGGACUGACCCCGCAAUUAACAGUGUUAUUGAAACAGGGUCUUCACCUAGUUCAAAGGGAAACAAAGAGUUUCCUCUACAAAGGGUAUCAGGACAGGCAAACAAAUGCCCACAAGCCUUGAUCUCAUACUGUGUCAGAGACAAAGAAACAAUAGUUUCUCAGUUCACCGAGAACAAUCCUUCAUUUGACGUACAUUUAAAAAAAGAGCCGAAAAUUAGCCAUUGCCUUCAACUACCCCCACCUCAUAACAUUAUCAAGACAGAAGUAGAGGAGCCCAGCACACCCACCGAUGUUCACAGCGAGAACAACGGAUCAGUAAAGACACCGCAAACUCUGCUUCGGAACGUUAAAAUUAAAGUAGAGGAAAUAUCUGACGAGUAUGAAUUCUCGUGUCAGGGUAAUGGACUUGUAUGGAAAUACCAAUGCAACAGAAAUGAGCCAGACAUCACCAGUGGUCAAUAUCCGAGUGGCGAGGACAAACCAAUACACAGUGUAAACAAUGCGACUAAAGCCACCGAGUGCGCUGGAGACUUUACCACUCCCCGAAAGUCUCCCUCAGUACACCCGGAAUCUCAAAGCACUUUAAGCACCCCUUAUCCGGAGGACGGAGAGUACAAAAACGGUGCGAGGGUAAGGAAAAACUAUAGGACUCUGGUACUGGGGAAACAGUCUGGAAUUCCGACGACACAACUGAAAUUAAAUGGUAAAGUUUACAGGACCCCAAGAUCUACAGGUAAGACAGAGAAUUAUGAAGGAUCACCAGAGGAUUUUACGGGCGGGAGUAAACGCAAACGUGCAUCAAGCAAUGUAGCAGCUGUGAAAAGGCCUUUCAACUUCAUGGAAAAUUUUCCGUCUCCGCCGUCGCUAAUUAUUGGCAGUGAUGGGGAUUUGAGCCCCGCUUAUUCUCUGAACUCUAUGAAGGAUAAACAGCCUCACCGGUCUCAUCCUGUGUGGAAGUGGCAGCUUGGUGGUUCUGCUGUACCCCUCCCACCAAGUCACAGAUUUCGGAAAUUUUAGCGCAGGAAAGGUUAAGUCUUUACGAUAUAAUUUUGGUGAUUUAUACCAAAAACUACGAAAAAGUCUUAAAAUGGAGCUACAAGCACUGAUGACCUUUUACUGGAUAAGCAGUCUACAUGGUUAUGGAACUCCUGUAACUACAAUGUUACUUAUUUUGAGUUGGACCACUUUCAAGACUUACCGGCCCGACGAAUAAUAAUAAUAACAAGUACCUCAAGGAUUUAUACUGAAACGAACACAAAACAGUUUGACACGAUGGAAUCCAUUCGCGCAGAAUGGUUUUUCAAAUGAGUUGUAAUAAUUCUCAACAUUUGCAGCAGGCCUACUGGAUUGUACCAUUGAAUCAAGUAUAAUUCACUUGUAUUGAUUCCCCCCAGGACAGACUCUUUUGCAAAACUUCGGCCGCACUGUUUUGAGAGUUUUAUUUUUAUUUUU